UACGAAUACUAUCCAGAGGGUAUGACUGAACUGAAGUUGCAGGAUGCACAGAGAGGGGAGUUUGGGGAAAAAGGUGCUGUGCCUCAAAAGAGGAAGCAGAAAGGAGGAGGCGAAUCAAAAGGAGCUACGUGAAGAUGCUGAAGCAUGAUGCUGUGGCAUGAUGCCAUUUGGCUCACUGCCGAAGUGCCGUCGCGAAUAUGCCACUCCUUCAUGCUUCUACCACUGCUUCUAAUUCUCACGAACGAAAUCAUCGCUUCCGAGCUUCCCACCGAGCAAACCACAGUCUCCUGCUGGCGUUCUCAUCGCAAAAACCAUACUCCGGAAAUAUCCUUCUUCUUCUUCAUACAGAAAAAUUAAAAUUAAAACACAAUUCACCAUAUCUUGCAACAACAGAAUUCAUCUACAUGGUAUUCAUGCCUGUGGAGUACCGCUGCGCCAAAGGCUGUGUCUCCUCUCGAUCCGCCAUGGUGGUUCCAACCAGAGAUCAAUCAUCAUGCACAGGAAGCACUCACAGGGUAAAAGAAUCUGAAGAGUUUAUUAAAAUUGGCAGCACCGCUAGUCAGAUGACGUGAAUGACUCCCAGGUACAAACGAGAAAAAAAACCCGAUCUCAGAGGCGGAGUAAGAGUGAGAUCAUCGACGUGGGGUGCGGGGAAAGAGAUCAACCUCAGUGAAGAAUGAUGCUUUUUGGAGAUACUUCAAACUAUGAUUUGCAUUGCUCAGUUGUACCGCCCUGAGCACACCGCUACUUAAGCAUAACGACCACCGGGAGCAGCGAUGGUUUGGCCAGUGGAUGUAGUUCAGGGGAUCAGCCAGGACGUGCAUUGCCUGGCAUCUAUUCUGCUCCGAGGCAAUGGGGGGAAAUCUCAUAAAGAACGAUUGGAUUUCUUCUAUGCCCCUCAAGCUCACGCCUAUGACAGGUUUCGAGCCAACUUCUUGCACGGGCGCCAGCCAAUGCUGGCGGCCUGCGCAGCGCGUCUGCGGGGUUCCCAGGGCUUGGUGUGGGUGGACAUGGGAGGAGGCACGGCCGAGAACGUGGAUAUGAUGUCGCAUACCCUUGAUCUCUCUGUUUUCCAAAAAAUUUACGUCGUGGAUAUCUGCUCGGCCUUGUGCGAGGUCGCACGCCAGAAAGUGAAAAACAGAGGGUGGAAAAAUGUGGAAAUCGUCGAGGCUGACGCGUGCACCUUCACGCCGGAGGACCCUGCCACGCUCAUCACUUUUUCAUACUCUCUUACAAUGAUUCCCGAUUUCAUGGCCGCGAUAGACAAUGCAGUCCAACAUCUGGCAGAGGAUGGCAUUGUAGGCGUGUCAGAUUUCUUCACCUCUGCCAAGUACGACCUCCCAAAUCGACAGCACUCUUACAUUCAGCGCUGGUUCUGGCGUGGUCUGUUCGAUGUCGACGGCAUUGACUUGGGUCCUGAGCGGCGUCUCUACUUAGAGCACCAACUUGAGCCAGUUUACGAAUACAACGCGCUUGGGAAGAUUCCCUACUUGCCAUUCGUGCAAGCUCCAUACUACCAGUGGAUCGGGAGACGACGAGGUCAUACAAAGAAAAACUUAGCUCGAUUUCCUGCGCGAGCUUCGGACGAGUUCGAAGCGAAAAGGCCACCGGCUUUUCCACCAACCUUCCUGUACUCUCUGUCAUGGGAAGACCCUCGUGAGGACGACAAGGUUCUGAACAUCAACAAGGACGAUACAGUCUUGACGCUCACCUCCGGCGGUUGCAACGCCUUGGACCUCGUUUACCAGGGCGCACGUCAAGUCGUGGCCGUGGAUAUUAAUCCAGCCCAGAGCUACUUGUUGGAGCUCAAGAGGAUCGCCGUUAUCAGAUUGCCGUUCGAAGAUGUAUGGUCAAUGUUCGGAGAUGGAGUGCACCCCAAAUUCGAGAAGCUUUUUAAGGAGGAAUUGACCCCCUUCUUGAGUCAAGGAGCUGUGAACUUCUGGACUAGAAAGAGCCAUUACUUCAGAAACGGCUUGUACUAUCACGGUGGAAUGGGAAGGCUCAUCCGUGCUGUUCGGGCGCUUGCAAGAAUCACUCGUCAACAACACUGGAUUGAUAACCUUGUGAACGCACCCACUCUAGAAAUGCAGAAAGAGCUCUGGUUCGCCACCGUGGGAAAAUGGCUAUUGCGCGCCAACAUCGUGACACGCAUUUCAGCCUUCUUUGUAACCAACCCAAUCGUGCUCUGGUUCUGUGCUGGUGUUUGCAAGGGUCAGCUGAACCUCAUUCGCAAGGAGGAUAGUAUAUACAAUUACGUUGUGCGAUGCUUGAACUCCACGGCUGAAUGCUCGCAUCUACGUGACAGCAAUUAUUUCUACCGAUGCUGUUUAACGGGGAAGUUUUCAAGAAACUGCUGUCCCCGCUUUCUUGAAGAAGAAGUAUUUAAGACGCUGAAGGUUGAUCUGGCAUCUGAUGAACGUCUACUGAUUCGCACAACUGCUUUCGUUGAGGAAUUGAGAAAGCGCAUGUACACGAAGGUCAUAUUGAUGGACCACGUAGAUUGGCUGGAACAAGGCGAUAUUGACAUAUUGUGCGCUGCAUUGAAGGAUCAAGUGAAGCCUGGAGGUCGGGUGAUUUGGCGCAGUGCAUCACGUAGUCCGAAGUACGCGAAAUGUAUCGAGAAGGCUGGAUUUGAUGUUAUUCGCAUCACUACCAGCGACCAGUACAUGGAUCGCGUUAACAUGUACGCCAGCUUCUACGUGGGCAUUCGUAAAGGUGGACCCAAGAUUGAAGAAUCAGAGGAUAUGACGGAGAAGGUUACUCCAGGGUCUCCCAACUGUGUACUCAAUGCUUCCAAUGCUCUAGAACGGUCGCAUCAAUAGUUAUAUUGGAUGCUUUCUGGACGGUCAUGAAACUAUCGUGAAAUCGUGUCGGUUUCAGAAUUUAGCAAUUAACUUCAGCGAACAUUUAUGUUCUUGAAGAAACGGAACUCUGAUUUUGAUUUCCUUUGGAGUGAAUUUUUUUCGGACCUAGAGUAGUGGUAACGCUGGCUGCCUGACCUGUGGUACCACGGAAUGUGUCUACGAUUCCAGUUUUUCGAUUCUGUUGACUGUUCGAUUCAAAUGUGGUAAAGAACACACCACUUGUAUUUGUAUACUCUCAUGAAAUAUACAGAGGUUUUAUCUUUGUGCACAUAAGUAAAUGCUGACUUAGCUUUACAAACUUCAGUCAAA